CAAUAAUUAACGAGAUAUUAAUUAAUGAAGAUCCGCUAAUCAGUGUGCAUCCAGCGUAAGGACAGCCCAGUCUGUGUUAGAGUUUAUGUUUUUCCUUCUAAAUGUAAAGAAAAAGAAUAAACUCUGAUCUAGUGUGACCAGUUCAGUGAAAAAGAACAACCAAUAAGUAUACCCAUACCUAUAUCCUAUACGUGACACGCGCGUUUAAAUAUGGCGGCAGUCUUCCUCCACUCGUUCUUUAGCUCACUACUUCCUGGCAGGUAGCCUAGGCGGCGCUGAAACCAGCGUUCUCCUUCUGACAAGAGGCGAGUUUGAACCCCCUGCAAAAGAGCACCAAACCAAACCGAUAUUGUAGUGUACAAGUGAUUUUACGAUAUUUAUAUAAUAUUGUAUAACUUGUCAAACAUAUUCUAAGCUUCCAUACAAUCUCAGAUAAUACAAAACAUGAAUAUGACAAAGAAGAUAAAUGUCAACUUCUCAUCACUGGUUGGCUUAAAGGCAGAAUUAUUAAGGAAGCAAGCUGAAGUAAGCGAGGCUAAGCUAAAAUCUGAAUCCAUUACUUCAACACCACAAUUAAGUAAAAAAAGAACCAAAAAAACUGUCAAAAAUGAAGAAAGUACUGAAUUAAAAGACAGUGAGGAUAUUAUUGCACAUAAGAAGUCAAAACUCAUGUUAAAAGCCAAAACAAGAUUGUAUGAAAGAUUGAAAAAAGCAAAACUUAACAAUGAUAAGUUUCUUGUUGAUUUUAAGGAGAAGUUAGAUGAACCUGAAGAGGAUUUUAUAGAUGAAACUAUUGACAAAGAAUAUCCAAUAGAGCCGGAAGAAAAUUGGGUAGAAUACCAAGAUUGUUUUGGUCGUACUAGAAAGUGUUUGAAGGAUGAUCUACCACAUAUGCAAAAGAAAGACAAAUUAAUAGAGCAAGAAAUAAUGAAAAAAUCUGAUAUAGAAGAAGAAAACAAGGAACAAUACCCUGUACAGGAAAAAGAACCUGAAAUAGAAAUUAUGAGGAGAAAAUGGGAAGAACAAACACAAAAGCUUGCGGACAAAGUGGAUAUACAUUAUCAAGAUAUAUUGUUCGACGAAGCACGAACGCAUGGUGUUGGUUAUUAUGCAUUCUCACAAGAUGAAGAGGAGAGAAUAAAACAGCAAGAAAAUCUGACAAACUUACGGAAGGAAACUGAGAAAAAACAGAAAGAAAUAAGAGAAGUAAAGGAAGUGAAAGACAGAAUAGAACAGAAUAGACUGAAGGUUGCGAGAAUCAGGCAACGGAUUCGAGCAGGCUUGCCAGCAGAACUUACAGAAGAGGAGUUAAUUCAAGAAAACAAAGUAAUUAACACUACUGGCAAUGGUGUUAUCGAUGAUAAAUCUACUGAGGAAUCCAAAGACGACUCUCUAAUCAAAACGGAUUGCAUAGAUAGAAAUAAUAAGGAAAUUAAGACCGCUCAUGAGCGAGAGAAUGAGGAAAAUAAAAUAAAGGCUUUCGCAGAACUUCUCGACAAGAAAGAUUACUGGCAUGUAAUGUCGCAAGAAGAGUGGAUAGAGAAAUGCAGAGCACAAAGAAUUAGUAAAUUUGGGCCAGUAUAUGAUAACUUUAAAAGUGCUGGCUUUUGUAAGUCUCAAGAUAUUGGUGAACAAUCAACUCAUAAGACAGUGGAAAGUAACAAAGAAGUUAAUAAUACUGAAAUUUGUAAUAAAAAAUCUAUUGACAAGUGUGGUAAUAACUUACUCUCUUAUGAAGAUACUAAUAUUGGUGAUGACACAGUUUUUAAUGUAAAGAAUAGCAAGAUCAAUGAUCAAAAUGAUGAAAGUAUUGUAAAACACAUUACCAUAAAAAAUAGUGAGAUUGAGGCGUUUGAAAGUACGACAUCUACUUCUACUAUAAGUGCAUCCAGUCCAGCAACUGUUUCAUAUCCAUUAUCUCACUUGCCGAAGAAUUAUUUACAAAAUAUGUAUGACUAUUUUGAAAAAACACAUGCACCUGAGCAGCAAAUGUUACAAAAUAAUCUAAAUAUUCCUCUUCCUGAUGAGAUUACAACAUCCAGUUACAACUUGACUGAUGCAAGCGAACAAGAUGGUCUAUCGCAGAAUAUAAAUGAAGACAGGAUAAUGGCCGGUCUCAAGUACUUGAGAGAAAAAUUUGAAAAAAGUCACACAAAGUAAAUGUAUAUGUAAUAACAAUUCUCA